CAAAGCCCAUCUAUCUAAUCUGAAAACUGUUAUUUCUCACAUGUGAUUUUUUGUUCAGUUGCGCAUAACUAUGUUUAGAGAAUACCCCGUGGUAUGCACAUAUAUUAUCUGUGAGCUUUCUUUAGGAUUUUAGUAGCCUGAUGUAUAAUGGCAGUUAUAUUAUAUUUUUUUCAAGUGUUAAUGAUGUUUACUUUUUGAUGCCAUUGCCCCUUAUGUAUUUCCACAAAAACUGCAACUAUGCCAGGGAGUUAGGGAGUUAAUUAUUUAAAGAGAUCCAAGACAGAUGAAAUGUUUUGCAGUAGGCUGUUUUGCAUGAUGAUGUCAUUUUAUGAACAACAGUGCCUCAGUGUUUUCCUUUCUUGUGCAAAUUAGGGCUUUUAUUGUUUUAAACCUCACUGGGAUUUUCAAUAUUAUAAAUAUGAAAGGAAAAAUGAAAUAGAGGCUGAUAUUAGUAACAGUAAAAUGACACUGUUGUGCAAGUCGUCAAUUCUGUGAGAAAUUGUAAGACAUUCAAAAAAAGUAUAAUUUUAGGGUUAUUACUGACAGCUAAUUGAUUGAUUUAUUGAUUUGCAGUCUCUGCAGAGUUUUGUUAACAAGCAUCUAAGCAAGUUAAGCCUGGAGGUUGACAAUAUUGACUCACAGGUACUAAUGAACUACAGGGCUGAUAUUAAGGGCCAUGAAAUGGGAAUUUUGCCCCAGCUACUACCAUGGCUACUUUUGUAGGAAAAUAGUUCCAAUAAAAAUCCUUAGCUAUUUGUUCCUGCCUACGUGUCUUGUUUACCCAGCAACGUGAAAUCUUAGAGAUGUUCCUGGAACUAGACAAGACACACCAUAUAACAUCACCAUUUUUAAGCGACUUCUAAAUCAUCCUAAUGGUAUUUUAAAUUGUUCAUACAAUCAACAUAAAGGUGAUGAGGAUGAUCAGAACUACGUGUAAUUCAUGAAAAUAAAAGGUCAUAUCUUUAAAAAAAAUUUUCCUGUUACUUUCAGUGUAUACAAUGUACCAAUAUUGAAAGAUGUAGAGAAAGAAAGUCUGUAAUAGUCAUGUUCGUAUAGGAUUAAUUUUUGAAGAAGUGGGGUAGUGGAUCCACCGGAUACGGGGGAGGGGGCGGUGGCUGCUUUAGAGCAAUCAUGAAAGUUUAUCAUGACAUGUUGGAGACUCACUAGAUAAACUUUGGGGGUUUUCACUUUUGGAACUUUAGGAUACUUUAGUAAUAAAAGGAUCUGCUGCCCUUUAAAUAGAUUAUUAGUAAAUUGAAAUUGUUUAUUUUUUUAAUUUUUGUUGCCUUAGUUCCAUGAUGGUGUUUACCUUAUCUUUUUGCUGGGGCUUCUUGAAGGCUUCUUUGUACCAUUGUACCAGUAUUACAUCACACCAGCAAACAAAGAUCAAAAGGUAUGCUGCAGUUAAUAGUUUAAUAGAAGUAGCGAUCGCGUUUAUUCCAAUAAUUGCAGUUCGUCAAAUGUUGGCAAAUUUUUCUGGAGUUGAAUUCUAAAGGACAGUAUAUCAAAGUACAGGAAAAGAAAAAGAAAGUCGUUGUCUUUUGUUCCCGUCCUUCACAAAACGUGAAAUUAGGCGCUUUCACUUCAAAGUUGUGCGGUGACGGCAGUGAAAAGUACACAAAGCGUGAUGUGAUGCAUGUGCAAAGUUGUUGUUUUGCUUAUCAAACCUAUUCCUUUUUUGCCGUUCUUGUUGCUGUCGCCGUCGUCUUUGCUUAAGGUCCCUAUUACCUCCUCGAUAAAACGUGAAACUAGGCAAUUUCACGUCGUAGUCGAAAAAGAAAAAAAUGUACCAAAAAGUUUGCUGCACGUGCAAAGUUGUUCUUUUGCUGGUAUAAACUUACUGCUUUUUUGACAUUCUUGUUGCGGUCACCAUCUGCCUAAAGAUACGAAGCCUUUACAGUGACCCUGUUGUUUGAGCUCGCUCAUUACUGGUGUUUUCAUUGUUCAAAACAGCUCCAUAAUGUUGCUUUAGCUAUUGACCUCAUGAGAGACAGCGGAAUGAAGUUUCAUGCGAAAUCUGAAGGUAAAUGACUUCUAAGUCAAGUAAAUUUUAAGGUAAAGGUUAUCUCUUAAAAAAGAUGAUUCUCGGGUGAUAAUUUUGGUCGGGUGUUCAAUCCGGGAGGGGUGGGGGGCUUACUAUAAUGGCCUUUACGGGGAGGUAUAAUGGAAUAUAAAAGGGACCUCGGGGACCGGGUGUAGCCUUCUCGUAUAAAUCUUGGUUAAGUCCUCCCCCGCUCUGGUCUUCGUAUCCUCGGUUAAAAGUAUACUGUACUGUACUGUAAUUAUUACGAGAUUAAGGGGUGAGGGUGACCCCAAAAAGUGUGUACCCCCAUUCCCUCAAAGUAUUCGGUCCCCUUUUUAUCGUAAGGAGCGGAACAGAAGUUGCAACAGGAAAAAAUCUGUGUUAAAAGCGAAAGGAAGAGAACAGUCUCAAGGACAAUUAAUCCGAAUAACAGCAAUCUGAAACACAGUCAGUCACUUUGAAUAUCGGCGAUCUAAAUGGAACAUCUGAAAAGGCAGUCGUGACUUUCCGGACGGAAUGUUCCAAGCGUAAAUUCGUGUUGCAUUUCUUCAAAGCCAUCUUUGAUACCAAUUCCAGUAAAUGGAAUGUAAAUAAUUUUUAGUAAAUGGUUCAACUGAUUUGUGCAAAUGGUAAACGCGAUUCCGAGCCAAAAUUUACCAGUCCUGUAUUUUGCGUACCAUUUGCCCAAGCCGAGGAUCGACCGGUAAACAACCAGGAUAACCCUUUGAACUUUUCUUGUUAAAGACUGAGCUUUUUUGUUUGUUUGUUUGUGUUUUUUACAGAUGUGGUUCAGAAGGACCUCAAGUCAACACUCAGAAUACUUUACUCCUUGUUCCAGAAAUACAAAAAUAUGAAAUAACUUCUCAGUUGGAUUUCCUCUUAUGUGUAGACUGGUGGAACCCCCAAAGUGUAUGAAAUGGACUCGGUCGACAAGGACUUCAAACUUCCGUUGGCCCGUUUCUCGAAAUUCUCGGUAAUUAACUAACCCCAAAAGCUGGCGUAUUUGCAUUCAAGAUUGAGGUAUUUUAAAUAGUCUUAAAAAUUAUGCAUUAAAGUAACCAGUUUACGAAAUACAAUGGCCUAGUUAGGGGAUUAAAACCGACGCUACUAUUCUUUAUAUUAUUUUGAUUUUGGAAUAUGACUUCGGCCCGUAAAGUAACCGGACUUUCGAGAAACGGGCCCCCGGACCUAUAACCCUCCAUGCUUUAAUAUUGACGUACAUCCAAUUUCUCCUAACAUUUUUACUGCUCAAGCAAACACUAAGGUAGUGAGAGUAACGGAAGUCAUUACUUAGGAUUACACAUCUUGACCGUUAGGCAAAUUCUCCUCAACAUUACCGUAGGUAUUGUAUGAAGGACAGUGUAGAGAGUAUGAUAGCUGAUAUUAGGACUUGAAAGACUCAUCAGCAAAAACACCUAGGUAAUUCUAAAAACUCUUGUUGUUCGACAGUACUGUGCGAACCAAGACAGUGUAGGCCAGUUUACACAGACAAUAUUUCGGCGGUUUUCAAGCGACUUCGUGGCGUUUUGUUGGCGUUUUUUCCGCAACUUUUUGCAAUCUUUAGGCAGUAGUUAGUAUAGCGCACACGUGCAUGAUGGGUGAUGUCAACACUUUUCCAUCUAAAGAUCCAGGAUAGGUUUCUUUUUAACCUGCGAUGAAGCGUUUUUUUUAGAAGAGACAUUUUUUUGAGACAAAAUAGAGAUAUAGGCAGGGCAUGAUCGUAAAUUUCAAAACGGUAGAAAACGGACCUUAAAUUAUAUUGAGAAUGUAACAUGCAAUUCAGAUACUGUAAGUAAUAUACUCGUUGGCCAAAAUGUUUUUUCGUGGCUUUCAUAUAUUGUCAAAACGAAAUAUUCUUUAAUAAGCAUGUACAUAUAAAAUAUAGUUUUGUGGACAGAAAUAAACACAUUGAGCUGUUGAUUUUACGUUGUUUCUUUAAUGACUUGUAUUUUUGGACGAUUAACCUUAAAAGCUAGAG